AUGUUUGAAAACCUAAUUAGAUCAAACAGGCUCUUAACAUAUCUACUUUUCUACAGAAGGAAGUCAUUAAAGAAAGAAAUUGAGCUCAAGUCAGAACACUUAGAUAUAGAAGAAGUACGAUUAAUAUACAAGCUUUUAUCCUUAAAUUCCUGUCGAAAGUCAGUGUUUAUGGCUAGGCAGAGAACGCCAGAAAUAAUAGCACACAUUUUGACAAAUGGUGGUUCAGAAUACUAUAGGAAUAUGCGAAGAAACAAGAACAAGAAGAAAAAGAAGAAAUAUAUGGAGGUGUAUCGAUGGCAGAAAUAUGAAAGUCAAAAAAAACGUGUAGCUUCUGUUUUCUUGAUGAGCUUGAAGCAGCCAGGACACCCGGUUUUAAGAACUUUGGUGUUCUGCAGAGUUUGCAAUGUGACCAGGUGUGUCAGGGUGAGUCAAAGGAAUCUCAAUGCUGUCAUUAAUAUGAUAACCAUCCCCAAGUCAGUUUGGCCAGGAGAAGAAGGACAUGAGGUCUUUAACCGUUAG